UACAACGCUUUCAUUCUGAACAACGUUGGUAUCAUAACAUGUAAGUACCGGGUACUAGGUGUAGGUACCUAUUGUAUUUCUUUUUAAAGAGAUGAUUUUCCAAUAUACGAACAUUAAUAAUUAUAGUGUCUUUUAAUUGAGUGUAUUCAUCAUGAUGACGACGUAUUUAAAAUAUUUGAUAUUUUUUUACGUGGUUCAACUGUAUUACGCCUGGCCAUUGUACCCCAGUGAUGAUGACCAGUCACAAUUCAAUCAAAAAGAAAAUGAAAAUGCUGAAAAACAGGAUAUUUAUCGAUUGUCUGAUGAAGUAAUUCCAGAUUCGUAUCAGCUAAGAAUGGUACCAGAUUUAGACAAAUUUACCUUCAGCGGUAAAGUAGAAAUUAAAAUCUCCGCGCGGUUUUCAACAAAUAAGGUCAUUUUGCACAGUAAACGAUUGAAGAUAAAUAGCUGUAAAGUAUUAAAUGAACGAGCAAUUCCAAGUACAUUUAAAUUGGACCAAGUUAAUGAAAUUUUAAUCAUUGAAACUGAGCAAACGUUAUCAUAUGGCACAAGUUACACGUUAGCAAUUGAAUUUGAAGGUGAGCUGAAUGACGAUAUGAAAGGAUUUUACAGAAGUUAUUACACCAUCAAUGACAAAAAAUAUUGGCUAGCAGUGACCAAGUUCGAGACCUCAUUUGCCAGGGAAGCAUUUCCUUGUUUCGAUGAGCCACGAUUUAGAGCUCCUUUCCAAAUUUCGAUUGCCCACUUCAAUCACCAAAAUGCUAUCAGUAACAUGCCAUAUGAAACACGAUCGUACGUCAGAGACGUUUCAGUUGGUAAUCGUAUAUGGACAAAGUUUAGACAGACGCCACCACUAGCAACCUAUUUGGUAGCCUUUAUGGUAUCAGAGUUCACCUACAUUGCAGACAACGAUGGGAAAAUCAAUGUAUAUGCGAGACCAGACGCUUCAAAGCAAAUAUCCUAUGCAUCGAGACAAAGUACAAAGUUAUUGAAACAAUUGGAAGGACAUAUCGGGAUCUCUUACCAGCUCCCAAAAUUAGAUGUAGUUGCGGUGCCAGAUUUCAAAUCAGGAGCCAUGGAAAAUUGGGGGAUGACAACGUAUAGAGAAAGAUACGUCAUUAUGGACGAACGACAGCCCAGUAGUGCUUUCCAUAAACAAUCUGUCACUCAAGUGAUAGGUCACGAAUUCACGCAUCAGUGGUUUGGAGAUCUUGUGACGCCAGCCUGGUGGAAUCAUCUAUGGCUUAAUGAAGGAUUCGCGAGAUACUACGAAUACUUUAUUACUGCGGCAAUUGAACCAACGUGGGAUAUGGAUAAAUUAUUUGUCGUACAUCAAGUACAGUCAGCACUAUGGCAUGAAAUCAAUACACAACGGGCAAUGACUACGUUAGUAUCAAAAAAGAAUCAGCUUCGAGAUAUAUUUGAUGUGAUCAGUUACGCAAAAGCUGCCUCGGUCAUUCGAAUGUUCGAACAUAUGGUUUCACCAAGUGUGUUCAGAUCUGCUCUCCAAAAAUAUUUAAAAAAUGGUGUUGAGAAACAUGGUGGUACAGUUUUACCAUCACACCUCUUCGAAGCUUUCGAUGAAAUAAUACCCUAUAGUUCUCUAUCGAUGCCUGAACACAUCUCAAUUUCUGAUAUUAUGAGAUUAUGGUCAGAAAAUGUAGGAUAUCCUUUAAUUACUGUAUCUCGUUGUUACCAUCAUGGAAAAGUUUCUAUUUCUCAGACCACCUACAAAUCACAAAGAGCUCAUAAAACUAUACCAUAUCAAAAAUGGAUAGUACCUUUGACCUAUACAACAAAAUCUGAACAAGGAUUUUCAGACACCAAACCGAGUCAAUGGUCAUUUGCUGAUGAACCAACACAUCUAUCAGAAACAUUCUCCAAUUCUGACUGGGUUUUGUUCAAUUUGCAACAUGCCGGAUAUUACAGGGUGAAUUAUGAUUUGAAAAAUUGGCAACUUCUAACUGAUCAAUUACUUCAAGAGCCUGCAAAAAUACAUGUUUUAAAUAGAGCUCAGCUGAUUGACGAUUCGUUUGCUUUAGCUUACGACGAUAAAAUCAGUUAUCAAGUUCCGUUGAAUUUAAUUCGGUAUUUAGAAAAAGAAAAAGAGAUUUUCCCUUGGAUUACUGCAACGACCACUCUAAAUAGAUUAAUGUUAAAAUAUGAGACAACAUCGCUGGAUCCUUUACUGAAAACUAUAAUACGUGAUGUAAUUGAAAAAUCAUUCGACAAUUUUGGUUUCGAUAUAACAGAAGCUGACAGCCACGCAAUAAAAAUAGGGAAACCAAUAUUUUUAGAGCUGGCAUGCAAAAUGGGUGUAAAAGCUUGUAUUGAUAAAGCUUUGGACAUGUAUACUAAAAAUAAGGAUGAUCCAAAUGAAAUUCAGCCAGAUUUGAAGAAAGUGGUUUUUUGUUCAGCAUUACGAGACUCAGAGGACAGACAAAGUGCUUUUGACAACUUAUGGAAGUUAUAUGUAAAACCUGAUAUCGUCAACGACAAGAUCACAAUUUUACGAUCUCUUUCAUGUGUUAAGGAUGAGAAUAUUGUGAACAAAAUAUUAUCCAAAUUAAUUGAUUUAAAAAACGAAGAAAUCCGAGAACAAGACGCAUCAUAUGUGUAUGGAUCACUUUUUUCUGAAACAUCUGCAACAACAGGAGGAAUCAAAUUUUUAGACGACAAAAUUUCAGCCAUAUUGGAAAUGGACAAAGGUAGCAUAUCAGUUUAUGAAAAUAUUGUUGAGAAGAUAAGGAAUAAUGUGAAAACAAAUCAACAAAUAGAAAUGUUGAAAGAAUUGGAACAAAAGUCUAAAAAACUGGAUCAAUCCAAGUACAGGCACGUCACUUCUUUAAUUCAAGAUGCACAUACUAAAGGAUCAAAACGCAUACAAGAAAAUAUCAAAAAAGCACAAAUUUUGACUCCAAUCGUUACUCGUAUAUUAUCUCCGGGUACCAACGGUGACACUACCAGUACACCACCAUCGCCUACUUCGGGCGCUGCUACUUUGGUUACUUCAAUGUGGACUCAUUUAAUCAUCUUUAGUAUUUUCUUUCGUUAUGGAUUUAGCAUACAUAUUCAAUUUUGAUUUAUUAUAAAAUCAAGACAGUUAAAUAGGUACAUUAGGUACAUUUAAAAUUUACAUAGGUAGUACAUUAAUAUACACCGUGUAACAUAUGUAAUUUGGUAUCAUGCUUUGAUAGGUAGGUAUUACAAAGUUUGCAUCGAAAAAUAAUUUAAAAAUAUAAUGAAAUACCUAUGUUAUUUUAUUUCUUAUAAAGGGAAAAUAAAUCUUGAUAACACUCGUA